AGGGUAGCCACGACAUCGGUGGGAAGCUUCCGCUUUCGGGGCUGCGCGAGGAGCUGUCAGUCAGGGAACAGCCCCAUCCCAGGGUGAUGUCAGCGGAUCAGCUGCUCUAUAACAAAGCGGGGAGAAGCGGAGCGUGCGAGUGGCCCAGACCCUUGGGCACAGCGUGGUCUAAGGGGAGACUGCGUGAACCGGGCGGCUCUCUUCGGGCUGGGGGAGGCGGGAGCGUGGCUGGCUCCCGGCGCACCUAGCCACGCCAAGGCGCCGCAGCCAAGCAAGUGGCUGCUUUGCGAUCGGCGAGCUGAGCCAUGGAUAGCGACGAGGAGACGCUGGAAGAGACCAUCGAGGGAACACUUGAUGAUGAUGAUAUGCCCCAUGGGUUUUGUAUAGUCACAUAUUCUUCCACAGACAGAUUUGAAGGGAACUUUGUGCAUGGAGAAAAGAAUGGUCAUGGAAAGUUCUUCUUCUUUGAUGGAAGCACGCUAGAAGGCUUUUAUGUUGAUGAUGGUCUGCAAGGCCAGGGAAUAUAUACCUAUGAGGAUGGAGGGGCACUUCAUGGCACUUACAUUGAUGGUGAACUGAAUGGGCCAGCCCAGGAAUAUGAUGCUGAUGGGCGAUUAAUAUUCAAAGGACAGUACAAAGAUAAUAUUCGGCAUGGAUUUUGUUGGAUUUACUAUCCGGAUGGUGGGUAUCUGGUUGGAGAAGUUAAUGAAGAAGGAGAGAUGACUGGAGAGAAGUUAGCCUAUGUAUACCCUGAUGGGAAGAUGGCAUAUUAUGGGCACUUUAUAGAUGGUGAAAUGAUAGAAGCAAAACUGGCAAACAUUAUACUGGCAGAGGAAAAAAAACUACAAUUUGAUAUACUACCAGGCAGCCCAGUUUACAGUUUUGAUAAAUCUACUUCAUCCUGCAUUUCUGCAAAUCCACUUCUUCCUGACCCUUAUGAAUCAGAGAGGGUGUAUGUAGAGGCAUCUCUUAUUUCCAAUGCUGGAGAAGGUUUAUUUACUAAAAUAGCUGCUGAAGCUGGCACAGUUCUAUCAUUUUACAAUGGCGUACGACUUACACAUCAAGAGGUAGACAGCAGGGACUGGUCUUUGAAUGGAAAUACGAUAUCCCUUGAUGAUGAAACAGUCAUAGAUGUUCCAGAACCCUACAGCCGUGUAACCAAAUACUGUGCCUCUUUGGGGCACAAGGCAAACCACUCAUUCACCCCAAAUUCUGUUUAUGACUCGUUUGUUCACCCUCGCUUUGGACUGAUUAAAUGUAUUCGCACAAUUCGAGCGGUGGAGAAGGAUGAAGAACUAACAGUGGCUUAUGGAUAUGAUCAUGGUUCCACUGGACAAAAUGGGCCAGAAGCACCAGAAUGGUAUCUGGCAGAACUAAAAGCCUUCCAGGCUUCCCUGAAAAAAUGAAAUGCAAGCAGUUUCCCUGUUCAGAAAAUUGAAUCUAUGCACUAUCUUUAAAACUGGAAUUAGAACAGCCAAUGGUUGAUCAGGCUGUUGUUCUUCAACACUUUAUCCUAUAUUAGAAAGAGUGGGAGAUUUUUUUGUUUUUGUUCAUUGCAGACUAAUAUAGUUUAGCCAUUACCUUAAAAUAAUCUUUACAUUUUAACUAAUAUUGCAAAAUGAUUUGUUUAAUAUGCUACACAAGGUAGUGUGAUUUUUUUUUUUUUGGCAACUACUCUGUAUCAGCAGCUGUCAAAAUAUAGAAGGAGAGCCUUUUUAAAACCAAGGUUUUAUCCAUAUUGUGGUUUCACUGAUACUGUGCAACUACAUUUUGUAUUUGUCAUAUCGUGAUGAUAAUAGAACUGUGCUAGCGUUAGCAUUCUAGAAAAACAGUAUAGUUUCUAUUCUUAAAGCUUUUCAGAAUACUGCUUUAGGGUGUUUUCUGUUUUGGUGCACAAGAGACCUCUCUUUACAUUAUCAUCUUCUUAGAUAAAGACAGCACAAAAGUUUAAACUACAGUGUUACUAGUCAGUUUUUAUGGCUCUGGGGAUAAAAAAAAAUGUGUCUGAAAGACCAGAGUUGCUUUAACUUUAAUCAUGAUAAUCACAUUUGAAUGACUUUAGUUGUGCAUAUGUGCAUUUGCUGUUGACUGUUUUUGGCUUUUUACACAAAUGCUGGAGAGCAUAAUUGCAGUCUGUGUAAAAGAAAUGAAUCAAGGAUAUACCAAGAAAUUCCGUGUGUGCUAAAUUUCUACCUUUUCCUACCUUUAAAUGGUGACUUGCAGGAUUAUGAGAGCUACCAAUAUUUAUCAAAGGCAGAUUUCUGAAGAGUCAGGAUAGUAACCAGAGGAAUCCUAUACCGCAACCUUUUAAAAAAAUUUGCAGAGUAAUUCAUAGGGUUACAGGGGAAACUCAGAAUUUCUACUCUGAAGCAAAUUAUAUUUACGAUUGUCAAACAGAUUUAUGGGAAUUAUGAAAGCACAUUUUACUAAUUCUAACAAAUAUUUAGUAAAACAAUAUCAUUACAAAAAAGUAAACUUUCAGGGGUCUGGUAGCCAGUUACUGGCAUUUUUUAAAUAGAUUUUCAAAUAAGUGCAAUACAUAUUUGCAGAAACUUUGUUCUGUAAUGAUUGUAAUAGUAGAAGUGUGUAUUUGCAAUGUGCCUAUUUAUUUAAAAACAAACACCAUUGAAUUCAGUGGGACCUUCUUCAAAUGUAGAGGAUUUCAUUGCUAGUUCUUAUGUAGAAAAAGGACUCUGCAUAUGAUCCUUAUCAGCAGGCUGAGGAUCAAGUUGAAGAGAAUUUUCUUCAAGUUUUGGAUUGGCUUUUCAAUAUAGUAAAAUGUAUAGAUGAGAAAUCAGCUACGCUUUGACUCUGAAACAGGGGUAUCCACAGGAAGCAUGUGUGUCAACAAAGUCAAGAUGGUGGCUGCAACCAAGUGAUUGAAGCUCUCCCUGGUUUUGAUGUGUGAUACACAUAAAAAAGCAGCAGUGCUUCAGUUAUGUACUGUAGUCAUGGCCACCAUUUUGACUUUUCUAACCUACCUGAUACUCCUGCUCUGAAAUGACACAAUGCGCCUUAUCCACAAACAUUUAAUUAUACCUAUUACUGUAGGGUCAUGAUACCAAUACCUAUUGAUCUAUUAUUUAGGUCUAUUGAAAUUACUCAGUAGCCAAUAAUGUCCUUUCUGGAAUUGCCUAUUUUCAGUUUUAUGAUGAAGUAUUUAGAUGAGUAUCUGACAUGAUAAUGAAUAAUAAUAAUGUCUUACUGUUUUUCUUUCUAGUAGUAGACAAAUAUAUCAAUAUAUGCUGCCAACUUCAGGUAAAAACUCCAGCAGAUUCUAGACUCUCCAUGCUGAUAGGCUAUUUAUUUUCUCUGGAAUCAGUUAUCAUUUUUUGUUCAGCUGCCUUUCAGAGACUGGCAGUUUUUUUUUAUAAUGAACAGUAUUAAUACUCAUCUUUUUAAUAAAGAAGUUUCUUAC